CCUGCUCGCCACAGUUCAGUCAUGUCACUCACUACCACAACGUAACAGUUCUGAACAGUUGCAUUAACAUCUUAAACAAUAGCCCUAAACCUCAGGGUUAAAAAAGUAUUUCAUGACAACUUUGGUUUAAAGUACAGACAAAAACCCUGAAGUAUUCUCGAAAUGCUUGCCUUCGCCCUCCGAUUGCGGCCUAGUACUGGACUAUAUGGGGUUCUACGCUACGCCUCUUCGGGGUCUAUCGACGUCCAGGCACCGCUAAACUUCUGGGGUGGCGUAAGAAGGAAAAUACAACCGCAGCUCGACAAUGAGCCCGUUUACGAGCCUUCAACAGGUCGUGUUUUGUGUCAGCUGGAAGCAGCUGGUGCUGCGGAGGUGGAGCAGGCGGUGCAGGACGCCCAGUCGGCCUUCACCCUCUGGAGCCGCAUGACCGGGAUGGAGCGGUCGCGGCUCAUGAGGGCCGCGGCGCUCAUCAUUGAGCGCCGGCGGGAGGAGAUAGCGGAGAUGGAGGUGGUCAACAACGGGAAGUCCAUCACUGAAGCCCGCUGGGACGUGGACUCGGCCCGGCAGUGUAUAGAGUACUACGCCGGGCUGGCGUGCACGCUGGCAGGUCAGCACGUCCAGCUGGGGGGGGGGUCCUUCGCCUACACGCGGCGGGAACCACUGGGGGUCUGUGUGGGCAUUGGGGCCUGGAACUACCCCUUCCAGAUAGCAGCCUGGAAGUCUGCUCCGGCCCUGGCCUGCGGGAACUCCAUGGUGUUCAAGCCGUCUCCGCUGACCCCUGUGACGGCGGUGCUGCUGGCGGAGAUCUACGCCCAGGCCGGGGCCCCCCCGGGGCUGUUCAACGUGGUGCAGGGGGGCCAGGAGACGGGGGGCCUGCUGGUACACCACCCCCUGGUGGCCAAGGUGUCCUUCACCGGGAGCGUGCCCACGGGGAAGAAGAUAAUGGAGAUGGCGUCCAAGGGGGUGAAGCCAGUGACCCUGGAGCUGGGGGGGAAGUCGCCCCUGCUGGUCUUUGAGGACAGUGAUCUGGAGAACGCAGUGAAGGGGGCGCUGAUGGCCAACUUCCUCUCCCAGGGCCAGGUGUGUAGCAACGGCACCAGGGUGUUCGUCCAGAAGCAGAUCCUCUCUGAGUUCCUGGAGGAGGUGGUCCGGAGGACCCGGGCCAUCCCGAUCGGGGACCCGCUCCACGACAGCACCCGGAUGGGAGCGCUGGUCAGCCUGCCGCACCUCAACAGAGUCCUAGGCUUCGUGGAGCAGGCCAAGAAAGAGGGAGCUGCCGUGCUGACGGGGGGCCAGCGGUACCGGCCGUCCGACCCGCAGCUCCAGGGCGGGUACUACAUGACGCCGUGUGUCCUCGGGGCCUGCACUGACGACAUGGCCUGCGUGAGGGAGGAGAUCUUCGGCCCCGUCAUGUCCGUGCUCUCCUUCGACACGGAGGAGGAGGUGCUGAGGAGGGCCAACGACAGCGUCCUGGGACUGGCCGCUGGCGUCUUCACCAGGGACGUGCAGAGGGCCCAUCGAGUGGUGGAGCAGCUGCAGGCCGGGAGCUGCUUCAUCAACAACUACAACGUCACGCCCGUGGAGCUGCCCUUUGGCGGCUACAAGAUGUCAGGCGUUGGGCGGGAGAACGGCCAGGUGACUGCGGAGUACUACAGCCAGCUGAAGACCGUGUACGUGGAGAUGGGGGAUGUGGACAGUCUUUUUUAAGACAGGGUUGAGUUAACAACUCAAGAGAACGACGGAGACAUUUGGCCAGAGACCGGACACAAACGCUCUGCUUUUGACUGAAUCUAGUAGUGAUUUAUUGAAUGAUUGUGAACGACUGUUGAUAAUUGUGUGAAGUCGCCCAAGAGUAUUAGAAGGACGACCCAAUGGAGUCCGUCAUCCCUGCAGGGCUUUUCUCACACCACAUGAAGCAAUAUUUAAUGUGUGGACGGUCCCCAAUCUAGGAAUGAUUGUUAAGAUUGAGUGUUUACAAGUCUGAUUUGAAUGACUUGUAUCUGUCCACCUCUGUCUUCUGGUACUAAAGAUGAACGAUGGUUCUGCGUUAUGAAAUGAUUGUAGUCAUGCACAUAUCAGAUUGUUUUAAUGUUUACAACAAAGAAUGUUACAAUUACAGAUUUGUCAGGUUAUAUUUUCAUUGUAUUAAAUAUAAAUGUGAAGUUUGAAACAAUCCUUAAAUACCAGCUUGUGAGCCAAUGAAUUCUUAAUUCAUACAACCAUUAGCUUACAUCUUAAUCUCAUAGCACUUUUUAAAUGUAAAAUAAAUGAUGCAAAUAAAACGUAGAAUUGCAAUCAA